UGUGUGACGCACCUCGGGAACCUUCUACGGGAACAAGGGGGAUAUUGUGUGUAUGUGUGCUCUGGGUGUCUAUCUGUGUCCGAUAUUCGAGGUGAAACUACGGGGAGCACGUAUCGAAUCGAUCUGAAGCCUGAAAGUGAAUUUCGUCUCUCCAGUGUAAUAUGUAAUAUAAGUAUGUAAGAAAAAAGUGAGCAAAAGCAGAUAAAAUAGAUAAACAAGAUUCGCAGAGCGACCAAUACUCAGUCAGUAAUUAAGCAAUAUUUUGGCCAAUGAGUUUGCGUUGACAUCCCGUUUCUCCCAAGUAAUAGCAGAGAAUGAACGAGAAAAGACCAACGGCUCCGAUCAUAGCGAGAUAAUUUUGAAAAUAUAGUGCUAAGUGAUACACCAAAUUAAUGCAGUGCAUUUUCCUCUUGGAAGUUGUAGAAAAAAAAGUUAUCCCAAUGAAAUUUUACCAAAGAAUAUAUAACUUACGCUAGUUCGGGUGAUACAUGGCGAGACACAUCAUGUCAGGAUUAAUAACUACGACAAAUAUCUCUGUGUAACAGGCUACGUCAGUGUAGUAGGAGCCAUGAUUGGAGGAGCGUGCCAAGGUGCCACGCCCACUACGCUAGCCCAGCCAAUCGGAGCUGCUCUUCCACCCCCCUGGCCUUCAGCUUCUAUUGAAGGGUUAGCACCAUACAAUGGUUUCUGCCCGCUGCUUGCUGUGUCCACGGCGUCCUCGCCCGCCGCCACCACCACCACCAGGAGUCCAGCCCCGCCGCCCAUAUCUCCCACAGGCGCGCCCAUCACCACGCCGUUGCCAGGGGUGGUGCCUACACACGCCGUCCUCGCGCAGUUCCACGCACUAUGUAUCCAGCAUAAAGACGGUGCAUUGGUGGGCGCCUUAGCACCUGUGUUCCCCGGCACCCCAGGAGCACCACCACCGCCCAAGUCAGUUAAUAGUACCCCAACUUCAGUACCAAGUACGAAGUAUGGAGUUGGUGGUGUAAGUGAGGUCAAGAUGCCGGAAACAGAAAACCAAAAGUUGUCGAUAAAGCCACAGACCUCACAUGCUGACGACAAUAGGGUUUCUAUAACCAAAGUGGCCACUUCCCAUACCACUCUAAAACCGAAUAAGAGGGACCUACUCAUACCCACAUCAAAGGUUAAUGGUAUUGCCAUUUGUGCAGCAGAAUCAGAAAGUGCUGUGAAAGUUAAUCAUAGUGCUAUUUGUGCCAAAGAUGACAGACAUGCAAGAGAUAGAGACUGUAAGGAAGGUGUUCCUCGUAACACAAAGAAUAAAAAGGUAAUUAGUAGUAAAAACAAACAAAGAACUUUAAAUGCUAAAGUUUCUUCACUAGUAAAUUCCAGUGAAGAUUGUGGUGAUGUGAAAGGAGUGGAAGGGGUGUCAUCUUCCUCCUCACAUAUGGUGGAAUCUAAAACUCAAAACAGUGUACCUGCAGAGGAAAGAGAGAUAACUGGGUUUAGGCAGAGUUGCAAGUUUUCAGUGACACAACCUUCAUCUCGGCUACAUAAUUCAGUCACAGCAUCAGUCUCACAUGUGCAAAGUGAGCCUCUUUGCCUUGAUACAUCAGUGUUAGAUCGUAACUAUUCUCUGAAGCCUAGACAACAAGAACUACCAUCUUUAGUUGUGGCUCAAGAACCAAGAUCCUCCAGAACUGCAGACCUGGCUUCACAAGUACCCUUGGAGACAGACCACCUCAGUAGAUCAGUUCCACACUUGUCUAGAGAGUCCAGCAGUUUUCAAGCUCACAUCUCAGCACAACACCAAGAUUCUAGCUGUAAUGAGGCACAAGACCUGUCCAAGUCUAGUGAGUCCAGAAAUAAUAGAACACACCUUUCACACCAUGGGGUUGAAACUAGCCAUCUUCAAACUGCAGAGUUGCAGGCACCCAGCAGUUUAGAGGCAACAGCUUUACAAAAUCCUUGUGAAUCUAAUGGUGUAAAAACACCAUUUCAAUUACAACCUCAAGAUUUCAGCAAGGAAGCGGAGAAGGAGCAAGAAGGGGUAGCUGAUAAGGGAGAUAACUGCCACUCAGCUAGCAACAUUAGUGAUACCAUCAAAGACUCAGAAAGGGACUGUACAGGUAAUGGAGAGGCAUGCACUGAUGGCAGUUUGGUUUCAAAUGAAAGACAAAGAAUAUUAAAUAACAAUGAUGAAAGGAAAAGAAAUCUCUUAGCUCCCCUUGUGGGUGAUCAGUGCUCCCGAACUACUCCAGGUCUUCUCCAAGCGUAUGCAAGAGGUCGUAAAACAAAAUCACAAGCUUCACCUGAAACUGCUCCUCUCAACAUUCUCUCACCAUCACCUGCCUUAUCCCCUGCAAAUACACCACUGUCAGUGGAUGAUGCGUCAACAAGUUCCUGUCCGCCAAUUGUGGCAUUAACACAGCUGAUGGUGCCUCGUGUGGCUCCACCUGCUAAUGCUGCGGCAGGAGACUCUGCUCGAACGACACGCAAAGCUACUCGCCCUGAGGAACGGCCAACUCCCAGUGUUACAGCUGUGAGUGGUAUUCCAGUUGGUAUUGCUGUUGCUCGUCAACGGCAAGAACCUAGGCCUCAGGAGGACCCUCAGCCAGGAUCAAUCCCACCCAGAGUUGCUGAUCCUGGGAACAGUGCUCUGCCCACACACUGGUCGCUGCCCCCAACGCCCUGCACACCAGGGCUUCCACCAGCACCAUAUUGGUUGCCCCAGAGUCAGUUCUCAGGCAUGGGUGUGGAUGCCAGUGUAGGCGCGGGCAUGGGAUUAGGCUACCAGUUCGCCCGUGACCCUCUAAGCGGUCACUACUACCUACUGCCGCACCCGCACGCAAUACCAGAUCAUGGUGGUCAUGGUUUACUGUGGGCAGGGUAUGGGGGUGUACCUGCUGCCCCACCUGUGGUUAUGACUCCCCAGCAGCUUUUACUCCCUGAUACCCACUUUCAUCCUGCUCUACAUGCCCACACAACUCUGAUUCAUGUCCCCCAUCCCCAUGCUCCCGUCCAUGCACCAACACCUCCCUCCAUCAAGCGUGAGGACCCUCCCACUCCCGGACCACCAGACGAAGACCCCAAGAGCCGUCCAGUGAGUGUGCCCCCUCCAGGGCAAGGACCUCCUCCACCAGGCAGUGAGCUGACAUUACCACCACCUUUACCUGCAGGUCUGCGUCAUCUUCCUCCACCUUACCUAUACCCACCCCCAACAUCUCUACCCUACUACUGUCCUCAGUCACCUCACCCUGCACCUUAUUCCCUUCCACCCUUCCCACAUCCCCCUACUACAACUAUGGACUCGGGCUUUACCACCAGUAGAACCACAUCUCUUACUACAACUCAUGCCAACACCCUGGCAGCUCCAGGCAACAUGACAACAUUCUCAGUUCUGCCAGCUGCACCUGUCUCUAGUGUGGCAAAGGGUAGCAGCCUAGACCAUUAUUCACCGCAGGAUUGUGAGUCCAUGGUGGCCACUGGUUCUCCUGUUUCUAGAACAGACUCAAAUGAGCCAAUUAAUGUUACUUCCCAUUCAGAAGAAGAGCCUGACACGGAAUUGCUUCUGCCAAGAUCUUUGCCACUACAGGAGCCUUUGCGAAUACCAGUCCCCUUCAAGAUCAAACAAGAAAUCAAGGAAGAAGUUCCAUCUCCUGUUGGGGUUAACAGAGAUGGGGCCUGCACACCUGGAUCAGGAGAUGCAGCUGAUGAAACUCACGUCCAGUCAGUUAAGAAAGAAGCAUUUCUUGGUUGUGAAACUACUCAAGCCACAUGUGCUAAAACACCUAAAGUUUAUAUGACACAGGUUCAAAAGGAUUCACUACCAGCCCCUUACACUGAAAAUAUGUCUUCAGAAAUUCAGGAUAAAAAUUCUUCAUCACAGACAACUGAAACGACAGACACAGUAUGCCAAGAACCAAAGAAUUCAAACUAUUUAAAAGUAGGAACAACUGUUUCUAAGCAUCCAACUCCUAAAUGCUAUGAACCUGCAGUUGUUAACACUGGUCAGUCUACGGUAACAAAGUUUUCUGAACCACUGACCCUAAACAGUAAUGAAAAAACAGGCGAUCACACAAAGUCCCAAAGAUUAGAGUCAUCAGAGCCACAUCAUCCCAUGUCUGAAGUUAGCCAUAUUCCUUGCAACUCUGAACCAGCUACAGCAACAUACCCAAAGGACAGUUUAGCACCUCUUUCCACCUCUGCUUCUUCAGAGUCUAAUCCAGAAACCCAGUCUUCAGUCCAGCCAAAUCCUCUUGUAGUUUGCCAAGAACAGACCAUAGCAAAUUCAGUCUCAUCGUGUAUAGGCUGUCAGGAAAUGCAACCUGCUUCACAUAUGGAUUCAGCCCCAUACUCUGGUACAAAUUCAUCAUACAUUGAUGUGAGUGGUCUUGAGCUUUUAUCUCAAAGUAUUCUGCAACAUGCAGAUAGACUCUCAGAAUUACCACAGGAGGAACAAAGUGCAGAUGAUCCACUUUUACAGGAAGAAACCCUGGAAGAUGGCUAUUGCUCAUCACAGGAAAAAAAUCAAGAAGAUGACUGUACUUACCCAGGGCAAGAUGAAUUGCCUGAUGAGAAGUGUAGUUCACCAUGCAAGGAGACACCACCGUAUGAAUAUGCCUCUGAUGGGGAAUAUGAGAGUAGUAUAGAAAAAGGUGAAGAUUGUUCUGAUGAACAUGAGUCAUCUGCAAAUAAAGAUGAAGUAAGUUCAAGAAAUGAAAUAGUUUCAGAAGAAGGAGAUGUGAAUGGGAUUGCAGGAAGUAGGAUGCAUGAGUUAGCAAAAGCUUGCAUAAUGGAUAUUUCUCGUCUCCAGUCACCUGCAACUUCACCGUCACAAUAUGCUGAACCUUCUUCACCUGUAUCUCAGUCUGACCCACUUACCCGCCUUCAUGGCCUCAGCCUUUUGUGUGCCUUAGCUGAGCAACGCAUCCUGGAGGAGAAGAAUGUGGCUUGCACAGCCCUGUCUUCCCUGGCUGAUGUGGCAGCCACAUCCCCAAGUGUUCCCACACGCCCAUUGGAACGCUCACCUUCGCCACGCUCACCUUCACCACAGCCAGGCCCAAGUACUGAGACAAGAUGUUUAAGAUCAAGCACUUUUAGCCAAACAGCAGAUAAACCAGUAUUUGGAUCUUCUACUUUUGGAACUGUUCAAAACUCAUAUAUCACUCCAGUAAAGACCACAGAUGUAAAUAGAAAUUACAAAAGCCCUCAGUCUGAAAGAGAAGCAAAAGCUUUCAUUGCUAACAAAGCUUCACAGUAUCAAAAAGAAUCAACUGUAGGUUUUAAAGUACCAUUUGGAUUUCCUGUUGAUUCAAUGGAUGCAGCUGAGCUUGAUAUGCGUAUGCAACUGGCUGAAUUGCAGAGGAAAUAUAGAGAAAAGCAACGUGAGCUGUCAAGACUUCAGCCUAAGAAAGUGACAGCAAGCCCUGCAAAGAGAAAACCAGGCAGACCACCCAAAAGAAAGGUUCAUAACAAUGAUGUCCCUGGCAAGAAGAAGGUUGGGAGACCUCCAAAUAAGAAGAAAAAGUCAGUACAAAAGGAACUUUCACCUCCAGUUCUAGAAAGAGUAACAGACCUUCAGAUAAAGAGUACAACCAAAGAUAGUGAUGAAGAGAAAGAGGAGUCACACAGUGCCAGCAGAUCAAUACUUAAACCACCAGUUCUUACAGCAACAUUUUCAAGCCAUGUCACCCACAAUGGUAACCAGUACACACCACCAAAAUCUGUUGAAACACAGGCAUCCACAGAAAAGGAUGAAUCAAGUGGUCUAUUUCAUCAGAAGACACAGCACUUCCACCACUGAGACCACCUUUCAAGCUACCCACAACUACACCUGAAACACGUCUAGAAGAGAGUGAGGAAGAACAAGCAAAAUAUAGUCUGAGUGACUCGUCAGCCCGAGAAUCGAAAGCCUUGCACACAGAAACUUCAGUUGAAUAAGAAACGGAAGCCAGGCCGGCCCAAGAAACACUCACCAACAAAGGAAGAUGCUACUGAAACCAUAGUUGCUAAAAAACCAAAGUCUCUGAAUCUCCUCCUUCAUCGUCCACUGCUCUCACACAAGCCAAAAAUGCGUCCAAAGUUGAAAGCUGAAGUUAAGGUACGAGAGGGUGACCAGGAAGAAGAAGAAGGAGCAAAUCGAGUACACUACUCCAUGACCAGUACUAACGAAACACCAACCAAAGACUUGUCUGAAGAUGAGGAUCACCAGUCGCCAUGUUUGGUAAAGUCUGAAAGCGUUCGAGGGGCUCAGAGAAGAUUAGUGCCUCGUAGUCGAACAUCUAUCACCAGAAGAGCAAUGCUUAGAGACAAGGAGAAGAGGAAGUCUGCAGCAGAAAAGCAGUCAGUGAUGGAGGCCCUUUAUAGGUCCCUUAAGAAGCACUCAACAAUGGCUGCAGCAGAGCAUGAUGAAUCAGAAGAGGAGAGAGACCGUGAUGAGAAGGAAACCGAGAAAGUGGAAGAGGAAGCGUCUGCCAGUGACCAUGAGACUAGUCAAGAAGUAUCAUCAGGAGACACUGUGACCACCUCAACCACAUCUUGAUGCUACAAGACCCACCAUGCAAACACCAGAACCAAAUGUUUGCGUAAUUGAAGUGGGUGAUUUAGUAGACAAAGCGAGAGUGUUGGUACUGCAGGAUGGUCUGCUGUAUGCUGGCUAUGUAGUUCCCAUGACACCUCCUGAUGUGUAUGGAGUUGUGAUAGAUGGAGAACGAGGCUCACGUCCACAUAUAUACUGUCGAGAAGAACUGCUUGAGCAGUCAUGGAAGGAAGUGAAGCCUGGUUCGACGAGGUUCCUCAAAGAAGGGACCCGUGUUUGUGCCUUUUGGUCACAGCAGUACCGCGCCCUAUAUCCAGGGAUGGUAGCUGCUUCCUCUUCCCCAGCACAUGAAGCCAAUCAUAACUUUGUGAAUGUGGAAUUUGAUGAUGGUGACUCGGGGAAGAUUCAUGUUGAUGAUAUUCGUCUUUUGCCUCCAGAAUUCCCCGUUCUGGAUUACGACCCCAAUCCUCUGAUGACACUCCAAAAGAGAAAACGGAGACCUACAGGUGACAGCCUCCCUGAUAUCAAAGAAGAACCUCCCAAGACAAGGCAGAAAAAAGUGAAGCCAACCACUGAAAAUACUGUUGAAGAUGACACUCUUCACGAUCCAAACGAUGUUAACAACGAAGUAGAAAAGGAAAACAAAAAGAGCAGUGUAAAUAUAAAGAAAACAGAGAAGGAAAAUGAGGAAAAGAGUAUUAAGAAAACAAAUAAGAAGGGAGAUAAGAAAAAGCACAAGAAGCAUAAACACACAGAGUCAUCACAUCACCAUCGCCACAGACACAAGAAUAAGCACAAGCAUAAACAUCGUGAAGGAGACAGACCACUCCCACACAUUGAACCUGGGAUAAAUGAACUUACCAUGAGAAUCAAGUCUCCUCCACCACCCUUGGGAGAAACAAGAAAACGCUCAUAUCAGGAGGAGUCAGAGUCAGAAUUGGAUAGUUCGUCAUCAAAGAGUGCCACUGAGGAGGACUCUGAAGAGAAUGAUUCAGAAUAUACUCCUUCAAAGAAGGAAAAAGUUAAGACUCCAGCAAAGCGCAAAAAGAGACAUCCUUCGGGCAAGUCGAAGAUUGCACCUUUUCUUCCCGAAAGACAGUUGUGGAGAUGGUCUGGCAAAGGAUUCAAAAGACCUGGUGCAAAAGGCAAAGGCAAAAAAGAAUUCUUUAAGGCUAUAGUUAGAGGAAAAGAAAUGAUACGUGUUGGAGAUUCUGCUGUGUUCUUGUCUGCUGGCCAACCCGACCGUCCAUACAUUGGAAGAAUCGAACUUAUGUGGGAAUCAUGGGGAGGAAACAUGGUGGUUAAAGUCAAGUGGUUCUAUCAUCCUCAGGAGACUAAGGGACUUGGACGGAGGCUAACUGAACCAAAGGGGGCUUUGUUCCAGUCUCCUCAUACAGAUGAAAAUGAUGUUCAGACCAUUAGUCACAAGUGUGACGUCAUUGCACUGUCUGAUUAUCGAAUCAAGCGACGAGAGCAAGAAAAGCGGUACGGACCAAACUGUGAAAAUUAUGAUAUAUAUUACCUAGCUGGCUCUUAUGACCCAACCACAGGACACAUUACCAUGGAGCCAGGUGUGUCAUGAAGAUCCUGGCACAUCAGUUUAAGAUUAUUGUGAUAAAAGUGAAGUGAGUAAAGUCAGCUGAAAGAAUAUCAUGAUUCCCUUCAUCUCAGAAAAGUGACAAUUACAGUGUGUGGUGCGACUAAAGGUUACAUUCCUCAGUCAUGUUGGUUAAUAAGAUAAAACUUGUGGGAAGUAAAUGAUAUGAUCACGGUGAAGGAUGGUUGCAAAAAGGUUGUCCUUGAGAAUGAAAUGAAGAGCUUAAGGAAUAGAGUUUUUAAAGAGUUUAUUUUUCUCAAGUCUGAAGUGGGCAGUUCCAGUUGCAUAUAUGAUAGAUGUUUCAACAAGAAAAUGGAUACAGUUAUAGAAUUGUGAAGUAGUUGCAUGAUAAUGGAAAUCUUUGGUAAUAGAUUAGUACAUGUCUUUCUCAAGACAUUUAUAAACAGUAACAAUGUUCUAAUGUGAAUUU